AUGACGAACCGGAAGGAGUGGCUGCAAAAUUUCAGAGCAUCACCGAUCCUGUACGUGCUGUUGGGAGACGAGGGGAAACUUCCUGUGAAAGGGGAAGGAGAUCUAGUGCUGCAAAGUGCUUAUGGUGAGGUGAAGCUGGACAACGUGCUGCUGGUGGACAAGCUCACACUCAACCUCAUAAGCCAAUCGCAGUUAGACAGUGGUGGGUGCAAGACCUUCAGUGACAAGGGCAGCAUAUGGGUGUUCGGUUCGGAUUGGAAGGUGAUAGCGGAGGGAUCACGCAAGCAGGGGUUGUACGAGAUGAAGCUUCACGAGAAACAGAGUGGGGAGAAGACCACGUACCUGGCUGAACCGGAAGCGGGAAAGGUAGCACGAGAGGAGCUCCGCACCAAGCUGGAAAAGGUACCGAUUAAAGAGCUGCAGCAGCAGGCGCUUCCUAUGGCAGCAGCAGUGAGCACGGUGGACGUCAACCUGCUGCAUAGGAGGAUGGGGCACGCUGGUCAUUAUCGAAUUAAGGAGCUGAUCAAGAAGAACAUGGCAGCGGGAGUGAAGGUAGCUGAGGGUGGAGAGGAAAAUCUGAAGUGCAGCACAUGCGUGGAAGCAAAGGCAACGAAGGCACCACAUCCCAAGCACGGAGUUCCUGUUGCGAAGGAAGCGGCAGCAGCACCAACUCCACUGGAGGAGAUGAUAGAUGGGAGUGAGAAGGAGGGGAUAGGGGCAGCCAAUGGAAGCGGUGACAAUGACGACUACGAAGACCACACUACACCGGGUUUCGAUUGGGUGUGGGAGGUCCAGGAGCUGUCCUCACCUUCAACUGCUGUGGAAGAGGGUGAAGAAGACAAUGAUAAGGGAGAAGAAGCGGGUGACAACGCAACGAAUGAAGCCGGUGAGGAAGAAGCUGAAAUUUCAGAUGUGGAAGAGAGUGUGGCUGAAUCUGCCAGCACGGGGUACUCCGACCCAUGGCGCAUCAUUGACACGGGGGACAAUGAAAAGGUGGCAGCAGAGAUUGAAGAGCUACUUUCGGAUGGUGCGAUUAUCAUCGGAAGGGAGGUUGAAAAAGAUUCUGUGCAACAAGGGGCGGAUGAUAAUGCAGCAGCAGAGAAAGGUGGAGCUGAAAAUGAGAAUGAGGAGAUGGGCAAAGGGAAACGGGUCAAGAAACCCAACCCCAACCCGAGGGACGCAAGUGGAAGGAAAUGGAGCGGACUAUCACUUACCUCCUGCAGCGGGACGAGGAGGGGCUGCUGUUUGAAGGUGGAGAGGAGAGCCUAG